UUCGGGGGGGCCUGUACGCGCACGCAGCUGCAGCGGGCCUCACAUUACACAUCUGGAGAAAUUAAAGCAGAUGUUUGGCUUUGCUGGAUCCCUCGCUGGAUUUCCGCGCUGUCAUUAUUUCCGUCUCCACCUCCUGUCAGCUUCACGCCCCCAAAACAGUCGCAGUUGUCUGCCUCUCAUUUGGUUCUUGCUUUGCCUCGAACCCGACGCUUUUAAGUCCGACUUGGAGCCUUUUAGCAGUUCGAGGAGAGUCAAGUCUUUGCAACAAUGGGGGACAUCGAGGCGCCCAACUCGAGCCAGCCGGGCCAGUCGGUCCUGAGGUCGGUCCUUCCGAGCAAAGAGUUCGCUACUUCAAGGAAAGGAAUGCUGCUUAUUGCUGAAGUGGCACUUUCCUUUAUAUCCUUUGUGUGUUUUGCUGCAUCAGCAGCAGCAGCCUUCGUGACGGUCCCCCUGCUGGCCUUCCUGGCUACUGUCUUCUUCUUGUUCGCCUACUCCACCAAAUUCAACGAGAGGUUUAAAGGCUUCUGCUUUCCUCUAAUGGACUUCGUGAGGUGUGUGACAGCCUCCAUUAUCUUCUUCAUCAUCUCCAUCAUGGCAGUGUCCAAAUACCCUGAUGGUUCUUCUAAAGCUGCUGGGAUCUUUGGGUUUAUCGCCACUGUUGUAUUCGCUCUAGAUUUUUAUCUCAUUUUUAACGAGCUUGCUGCUUUCCUAAAGCAAGGAGGGGAGUCCAACGAGGAGCCUUCAGCGCAGAGAGAUGACUUUUCAGACUCAGACUCAGAUUGAAACUCCCACGCCGACGUGCUCCAACCAAGCGUUUGAAGGAGGGACCACUGCUGGCAUGCCGUCUCCCAAGGCCUGCAGGAAUUUCAUCAUUUCCGAACGUCUCACUGAUACAGCGGAAAUAAAAAAAAAAAAAAAAAAAAA